AAGCCGAAAAGGCAGCGAUGUCGCUGCCUUCAACCCCAAAGAAAUGAAGAAGCACCGUCAGAUGUACGACGCUUCGAUCAACAAGAGCGGGUGAAACAAAAAGAGACAACACGCCGACGUGUUGUGCGAAGGAGGCGGUUCGAUGUUACGAAUGACGACCAACGAAUUUACUUUUUUAUUGCGGGCCAAUAUCGCCGUCUCGGAACGCAGAUUUACGAUAAUUCAUGCAUGGACGGAAGGAAAAAAGAAGUCUUCGGCACCACUGCCGUUGCGCAGUUUCGCAACGAAGACAAAAUGGCCAGACGCCACGGAGAUAGAUCCGGACGCAGUUUCCCUUUCUUCUUUACAUGCUUGUUCUUUCUAUCAUGUUGCCAGUCUCAUUCUGGACCCGACUUUUCCAAGUCCGGCCACAGUACUUCUUCCUAUUCAGCGGGCGUUUUUUCUCUUUCAGAGUCGGCACUUUUGCGGGUCGGAAAACCAUUGGUUUCAUCCCCAUGUCAUGUCUGCUUAGCUUUGCAUGUUCUAUACCAUAUGGGAAGUGAUUAUGGGAUGUUUUUAGGAUUGGGACGCAUGGGUACAGGCGCUGGGAGUCGCGGUGUCUGGGGUUGGGGAUUUACUUUUUCUUUCUGCAGGUUACAGACAGCUAACGGGAAACGUGUGUGCGUGCAUGCGCAGUUUCCCGAUAAUUUAUAAAUGCAAUCAAGUUGCAUGUCACAUCUUGAGAACGGCGACCUGAUUGUGAAGUGUUGAGUGACA